AUGAACGCCAAGAAGGAAAAAGACCCAAAGAUUCUCGAGCUCGUAAGCUCCAUCGAGAACAAGCCGUCUUGCGAGAACUACGAGCGCAUGGUCUCGGGCAUGAUGUACGACCCCCUCGACCCGAUUCUCAACCAAGGCCGCCACCGAGCCCGCUGCCUCGCGCGCGACUUCAACGAGAUCGACCACCGCCAGCACGCCCUCCAGGAGGUGGGCAAGAAGAAGAAGGAGAUUCUACAGCAGCUGCUGGGCAAAUUUGGCGAGCAGUCAUUCCUCGAGGCCCCUUUGUCGGUCGACUACGGCUGCAACAUCAUCUUUGGCUCUAAGUCUUUUGCCAACUUCAACCUGACCAUUCUCGACGUCAGCCUCGUCACCAUUGGCGACCGUGUUCAAAUCGGCCCCAAUGUGAGCAUCUAUAGUGCGGCCCACGACACUAGCAUUCUUUCCCGAAUAAAAUGCGAGGAAUAUGGUCUGCCGGUGACCAUUGAAGACGAUUGCUGGAUUGGUGGCGGUACAAUCAUCCUGGCUGGCGUCACCAUUGGAUCGGGCACGACUGUUGGUGCUGGCUCUAUUGUGACAGAGAGCUUACCGCCUCAUUCGGUGGCGGUGGGCAACCCUGCCAGGGUCAUCAAGAAGGUGCAAACACUGGAGGAGGAGAUGGCGAUUUCGAACACCAGCAUCAAAGAGUGA